UAGAUUCAAUUAGAUGUCUUUAAAUUGUCUAUGGUUGAAUUGAAUGAUAAUGUGCUGAGCUCUACUAUUUAAUUAAUAAUCAAAUUUUUCGCUUUUCAUACCUACUCUCUUGAUUACACCCUUAAAAUGGAAGAUAACAAGACAGUUACAGAAGAAAACCAAAAACCAAAUGAAGAAAAACAUUCGAAGAAGAAGAAUAAAAAUAAGAAAAAGCGUAACACAGGCGAUGGUGACCACGGCAGUUCGGGAACUUCUGAAAUCGCUAACCCGGGAGAUGUUCAUCAAAACAUUCCUUUGAUAGAUCUUAAAAUAGCAAUGGAAGUGUUGAAUCUCCAGCAGAAGCCGGCUAAGACGACCGAAGAAGCUUUACAUAAGUCUUAUAAGUUUUGGUCUACUCAACCUGUUCCAAAAAUGGAUGAAAAAAUAGUUUCAAAUGAGCCUAUUGAACCUCCAAAGGCCGUAGAAGAAAUACGCUCUGAACCGUAUACUUUACCAGAUGGAUUCCAGUGGGACACACUAAAUCUUAAUGAGCCAUUGGUUUUAAAGGAACUGUACACAUUGUUAAAUGAAAACUAUGUUGAAGAUGAUGAUUGCAUGUUUAGAUUUGACUAUCAAACCGAUUUCCUGAAAUGGGCUCUACAACCUCCCGGCUGGAGAAUGGAAUGGCACUGUGGGGUCCGUGUUAUAAAAUCUGGUAGACUUGUGGGAUUUAUAUCUGCUAUACCAGCGGAAUUGCGAAUUUAUGAGCAUGUGCAAACUGUGGUGGAAAUAAACUUUUUGUGUGUCCAUAAAAAACUUCGUGCCAAGAGAGUAGCCCCUGUACUAAUCAGGGAAAUAACCCGCAGAGUGAAUUUAACAGGUAUAUUCCAAGGAGUAUAUACUGCUGGAAUUGUUUUGCCGAAGCCGAUAGCUACAUGCCGGUAUUGGCAUAGAUCAUUGAAUCCUAAGAAACUUAUUGAUAUUAAAUUUAGUCAUUUGUCAAGAAACAUGACUAUGCAAAGAACUUUAAAAUUAUUCAAGCUACCUGACUUACCUAAAACACCAGGAUUCCGGAAGUUAGAGUCUCAAGAUUGUGAGAAAGUUCUUAAACUACUAAAUGAUUAUUUAAAAAGAUUUGAUUUAGCACCAAUAUUCUCUGAAGAAGAGUUUAAGCACUGGUUUGUUCCUCAAAACGGUAUUAUUGAUAGCUUUGUCGUUGAAGCAACUGAUGGUACAAUUACAGAUUUUGUAAGUUAUUACACCCUUCCGUCCACCGUUGUGUACCAUCCGGUGCACAAAACUCUCAAAGCUGCUUAUUCAUUUUAUAAUGUAUCUACAAAAACUCCUUGGACUGAUUUGAUGCUAGAUGCACUGAUAACUGCUAAAAACUCUGGGUUUGAUGUAUUUAAUGCUUUAGAUUUAAUGGAUAAUAAAGAAUUUUUAGAACCACUUAAAUUUGGGAUAGGGGAUGGUAAUCUACAGUACUAUCUGUACAACUGGAGGUGCCCAAGUGUUACUCCUAAUAAAAUAGGUUUAGUUCUUCAAUAACAGUUUCAUAUUGUUUUUGAGUAUGCUAGCUUAUUGCUUUCUUAUUUAUAUUUUGUCUCAAAAUAUGUAAUGUUUUUAUUCUUUCUAAAUAUAAUAACAGU